CUCUCANUUAGGACGGACACGCACCGUUCAACAACUGUAAGCUCCACAGAUGAUCACGUACUCAAUGGAUGCAUCAUUUACAAACAGCGCACCUAUGACUUCCUGUCAUGCGCACAAUCAUGUUUGGCACACCCAAACUGUAUGUCUUUUAAUUACGAAAACAUCGAAAAUGGAGUUUGUGAGUUGAACAGAGAUGCAACGGAUGGCAGCAUUCUAGUGGCUCUCACUACUCGAAUAGGAUAUACCUUUGGACAGUUUUUGAACAUAACUGUAAGUAUUGAUCGUUUAUUAUGUCAUUUAAAUUGCAAUCAUCGUGAUAGUGGCUUCUUGCCUUUGACAAUUCAAUUAAACGAUAGAAUGAGCUCCCCCGGGAACAUCUUUGAAAUAGAGGACAAUUUUAAAUUGAAGGUCGCUUUAUUAAACACCUUAUUGAAAUGGGACAGUGGUUUUAACUUGUACUAUAUCUAUUGUUAUUAUUUUAUUUAAAUAAGAAUAUAUAUUGAUAUUUGUGGAUCUUUCCUAUUUAUAAAAUUUAAAAGUUUUUAAUUAUUUUAUACUCACGUUGAUGCGUUGUAGGCUUUAUCAGUUAAUAGGGAAGACCUAGACGAUAUGGUAGAAUGUUAUAAUACAAGUAAAUUAAUUAACCGGCAAAUAGAAAAUGUGAUGAAGAGAUGCCAAACUUCAAGCUAGAUCCAAGGCUAUGUCUUGUUCUUGCUUCUACAGCAGGUUGGACAAAUUUUCCGAUUUCCUAUCGGAGAGAGGAAACUUUAUUUCCUGCCUUUCUAAGACAGUCAGCUAUGUCCCCUCAGGUUGUCCGUAAGGCGCCAGCUAUUAAAACAAUAAUAAUAAAAAAUAAGAUUCAAGCCGCACGGGUGAGGGGGAGGGGAAAGGUGGAUUUUAGUCUCUUGUCACUCGUAAUAUAGAGUGUUUUCACUCACGUGGCCAGCAUGUAUGCAAAUUGAUUGGAACAAAAGAAAGCGUUUGCAUAAGAGAAGAGUUCAACUCCCACAGGACUGGUUUGGGACACCAACAUGGCCGCCGUUUUAUUGUUUUGGAACACCAAUAUGGCCGCCGUGACGUCAUGUGAAAACACUCUAUAUCUGCUGCUGCAUCAUCCGUUUUGUUCCGUCAUUAUAGAGUGUUUUCACUCACGUGGCCAGCAUAAAUGCAAAUUUAUUGGAACAAAAAAAAGCGUUUGCAUUAGAAAAGAGUUCAACUCCCAGAGGACUGGUUUGGGACACCAACAUGGCCGCCGUUUCAUUGUUUCGGGAGACCAACAUGGCCGCCGUGACGUCAUGUGAAAACACUCUAUAGUCUAUUUUUGUAAAUUUUGCUUGAGUUCGUCGUCAGUAAUUGUCAGUCGUUUGCAAGGCCGAUUGCUGCUAAAGCUUCUUUUGCUACAUAGAAUUAAGACAAGAGAAUAGUACGGGGAAUAUGUUAACCUGCGAUCCAUCACUUUAGAUAGCAACUUAUUUGUUCUGCAAAUUGAACUUUAUUUCAAAUUCAUUUUAGGAACCCGUUUUUUCAGCUGAAGGAGGACAAAAAGGUAAGAUAAGAGCACUGAACCUGAAACGUUACUGAGUUAACACACAAGUGAGAAUAACCGUUGGUUAACAACAGCUUUAAGAUGAAUUUAUGGUUACCGCCUGUAAUUAGCUAUUUCUGUUGUUUGGCGAAUUGAUAGGUUAUUUACUCUGUUCACGUCUUUUUGAUUUUUUCAGACCAUAAAUAUGUCUUUACGACACUGGGUGCCAGAGGAGAAACUGGACCGACUGAUAUAUCUGAAUAUGCAGGAACGUCACUGGAAGGAAAAGUUACUUUAAACAACGGAAUCCAAAUUUGGACUGUGCCCGUGACUGGAACUUACGUUAUUGAAGCAUCAGGUGGUUCUGGCGGAAAUGGUACCGACGGAAUACAAUCUUAUCCGCUUCCUUGGACGCUUGGUGGCUUAGGCGCAAAAAUAAUAGGAUCCUUCAAACUUUCACGAGGAACUCAACUGAAAAUCUUGGUUGGACAGGAGGGUAGUACAUCUUCAAACUUUCCUGAUAGGCCAGGGGGAGGGGGUGGUGGAACCUUUGUAACCCUGUCUGAUAACACUCCACUUAUAAUUGCCGGUGGGGGAGGCGGAGGAGGGACAGCAAAAGGCCAAAUUACAGACGGUGACCCAGGUCAGGCGACAGGGAAUGGGACCCAAUGUGGGGGAAAAGGGGGCAAUGGGGGACAAGUCUGCAAUGCUGACACAGGAAACAGUGAUUCUAGUCUAAUGUCUGGAGGGGGAGCAGGGCUUUACGGAAAUGGGACAGCCGGAAACUUGUCAAUUUUAACAGCAGCUUUGAGUUUUGCAAAAGGGGGAAAUGGGGGAGUUUGUCCGGUGUCAAAUGGUGGCUUUGGAGGGGGUGGGUUUGCUAUGAAGCUUGGAGGGGGAGGGGGCGGAUAUUCCGGUGGAGGAGUUAUGGGAACCCAAAAUAAGGGUACCGCUGGGGGAGGAGGGUCAUAUAAUAACGGUGCAAAUCAGCAAAACAUGGCGGGUGUUAAUAAAGGUGAUGGUAAAGUUAUAAUAAGGUUGAAACCUUACGUGUAA